GACAAGAACAGGUCGCCCCCAUCAAAUAGAUCCCCCUCUGACGCACAACAUCACUUCCACCACAUCAGCACCACAGAGGAACAGGAGAGCCCCGAGAGAGUGGUGCAGAAGGAGAAACUCCAUGCAGAGCUGAAGCAGGUGCUAAAACAGAAGAGAAGCCAUCUGAUGGAGUCUACCUGCCAGCUGGCCCAAGCAGAGAUAGCAGAGCAGCAGUGUGCAGAAGAAGCUUCUAAGCCAAUGGAAAUCGUAGUGGAGACGGAGGCGGAGGCUGGAGCCAGCGGCUACAGCGUGACUGGAGGAGGACAGCGAGGGCUGUUUGUCAAAGAUGUCCUCAAAGAUUCUCCAGCUGCCAAACACCACAGUUUACAGCAAGGUGACCAGCUGCUGAGUGCAAAGGUCUUCUUCGACAAUGUGAAGUAUGAAGAUGCGCUGAAGAUCCUGCAGUGCGCUGAGCCUUAUAAAGUCAGCUUCCAGCUGAAGAGGGUCAUCCCUGGAGCAGACGUCAGCAUGCGUCCUACCGUCCCCAGUAUGGAGAUCAAAGGUCCCAAAGCCAAGACAGCUAAAAUGAGUGUCAAAGGUACUAAUCCAUUCAAGGCCAAGAAGAAAAGAGGGGGGCGUUUUGGUCUGAAGAGGCUGAAAAGGAAGCGCAAAGAGGAGCUGGUCAUUGAGGGAAGUCUGCCCAGGCUGGAGAUGAGUGAUGUGGACGUGGAGUUUUCGCUUCCCAAAUUCAAACAGAGGAGAAGUGCUAAGGUCACCUCAGCAGAGACGGCAGAGGCGGCAGGAGGUGGCGACACAGCGAGGAAGGCAAAGAGGAGGAUCAGGUUUCCUCACAUAAACAUGACGGUUUAUGCUGAGACAUCACCAACAGGGGAAGCGCAAACAGAAGAAGAUGAGCAAGAGAUGAAUAUCUCACCACCUGAGAUAUCUGGUUCCAAAGUGAAAGCCAAAGAAAAAGGCCACAUGUUUGGAAUCCCUUUACCAAACACCAAACACACAACAUCAGGCCCAGCUGUGGAAACAGAAUUCGGGGAGUAUAAAGCAGACCCGUCUUUGCCCACUGUGAGGGGAAAAGCUGAACUCAAAGCCCCUAAAUUCUAUAACAGAGGAGAAGCUGAUACAAAGUCAUCUGGAGGAAACAUUUGUGUAGAUAUCGGCAAAAAAGACAUUAAUCUCAGAAGGCCAAAGGUGAGAGCCCCAAUAGUCAGAGUCUCACAUCAAUCAGAUGAGUUAGACGGUGGCAUCAAGGUAAAGCCUCCCAAAUUGGGCAUCACGGGAGGUAGUGAAAUAGGUCUCCCAGAAGCACAAAAAUGCAAGCUGGAAGGUGGUGUUCUGGAAACACAUCUCUCAGAAAUAAGCACUUGUGUUAAAAUGCCCUCUGUGGAUAUUUCUUUGUCAAAUGGAAAGAGAAAAUCUGACAUGGAUGAAUCACCCCCAAAGUGUCAACCAUGUGGAAAUACAGCAAUAACACCACCAUCCUUUGACAUCUCUGUGUCUGAUGUUGAUUUGAAAUCUGAUAAGGGAAACAGAGGGAGAAUUUCUGAUGAGGUGGAGGGAACUUCAGAAGGACCCAACAUUUCCCUGCCAAAGGCUGAAAUCUCAAUACUCAAGACUGAAGAUCAAGACACCGGAGGCAAAGUAUGUGUACCUCCAUUUGACAUAUCUAUCCCGAAAGUAAAAAUACAGGGUGAAGAUGUGGAUAUGGACCAUUAUGUUGGUGGAGAAGGGAAAUUCAAAAUGCCAGAUUUUAAUAUAUCUCCUCCCACAAGGACCACAACCAAGGAAGAACAAAAUAUUCAUGGGGAAAAGGUUAAAGCCAGCUUCAAGUUGCCCAAAGUUGACCUUACCCUUCCCAAAGGAAAAUCAGCAAAUUCUGAAAUGGAGCAAGGCAAAGAAGGUGAUUUUCAGUUACCAUCAGCAAAGUCCUUUGAGGCAGAAGUUGACAUUAAAGGUGUUGAAAUUAAAACAGGUAAAAAAGAAAUGCCCACAAUGUUACCCAAAGGCAAAACAGCAGUAGCAACAGCAGAAUGGACUCCUGGCAAGGUAGGAAAAUUAAAAAAUGUUGAAUGUUCCAGUGAAAAACCUGGACAGUUAAAAAUGCCAAAAUUUGACCUUUCAUUACCAAAGGUAAAUUCCCCAGAUGAUAAUUUUAAAAAGGGGAGGAAAAGUGAGAUCCCAGACAAAGAUAUGUCUCUCAGUAAAGGAAAAGCAAAACUGAAAAUGCCUGAUGUUGACAUAUCAACAUCUAAAGUAAAGCUUGAAGGUCCUGAGAUGGAGACGAAAGGAGGAGGGAAAUUCAAGAUGCCAAGCAUCAGCAUGCCAGCAGUUGGCAUAUCACUACCCAACGUAAAGCUUGAAAGUCCCAAAAUAGAAAUGGAGGGAGAUACAGGAGGAAAACUGAACAUGCCUCAAACGAAAAUACCUAAUAUUGACAUAUCUCUCCCGAAAGGAAGGCUUAAAGGUUCUGAGAUGGAGAUAAAAGGGGAAGGAGAGAAAGUCAAGAUUCCAGAGAUCAGCAUGCCAGCAGUUGACAUAUCACUGCCAAAAGGAAAGGUUGAAGGUCCCAAAAUUGAGAUGGAGGGAGAUACUGGGGGAAAAUUAAAAAUGGCACACAUGAAAAUGCCUGAUGUUGACAUAUCUCUACCUAAAGGAAAUUCUGAAGGUCCUGAGAUGGAAAUAAAAGGAGAAGGAGGGAAAUUCAAAAUGCCACACAUCAGCAUGCCAACAGCUGGCAUAUCACUCCCCACAGGAAAGGUUGAAGGUCCCAAAAUUGAAAUGGAAGGAGAUACAGGAGGAAAGCUGAAAAUGCCGCAGAUCAAAAUGCCUGAUAUUGGCAUAUCUCUACCCAAAGGAAAGCUUGAAGGUCCUGACAUGGAGAUAAAAGGGGAAGGAGGAAAAUUCAAGAUGCCAGACAUCAGCAUGCCGUCAGUUGAAAUAUCACUGCCAAAAGGGGAAGUUGAAGGUCCCAAUCUUGAAAUGGAGGGAGAUACAGGAGGAAAAUUCAAAAUGCCUCAUAUGAAAAUUCCUGAUGUUGAUAUAUCUCUACCUAAAGGAAAGCUUGAAGGUCCAGACAUGGAGAUAAAAGGAGAAGGAGGGAAAUUCAAGAUGCCACACAUCAGCAUGCCAACAGCUGACAUAUCACUGCCCAAAGGAAAAGCUGAAGGUCCCAAAAUUGAAAUGGAAGGAGAUACUGGAGGAAAAUUGAAAAUGCCUCAUAUCAAAAUGCCAAAAGCUGACAUAUCUCUCCCUAAAGGAAAUCUUGAAGGUCCUGAGAUGGAGAUAAAAGGGGAGCAAGGGAAAUUCAAGAUGCCACAUAUCAGCAUUCCAACAGCUGACAUAUCACUGCCCAAAGGAAAAGUUGAAGGUCCCAAAAUUGAAAUGGAGGGAGAUACAGGAGGAAAAUUGAAUAUGCCUCAUAUCAAAAUGCCGAAAGUUGACAUAUCUCUCCCUAAAGCAAAGCUUGAAGGUCCUGAGAUGGAGAUAAAAGGGGAGCAAGGGAAAUUCAAGACGCCACAUAUUUGCAUUCCAACAGCUGACAUAUCACUGCCCAAAGGAAAAGUUGAAGGUCCCAAAAUUGAAAUGGAGGGAGAUACAGGAGGAAAAUUUAAAAUGCCUCAUAUAAAAAUGCCAAAUGUUGACAUAUCUCUCCCUAAAGGAAAGCUUGAAGGUCCUGAGAUGGAGAUAAAAGGGGAAGGAGGAAAAUUCAAGAUGCCAGACAUCAGCAUGCCGUCAGUUGACAUAUCACUGCCAAAAGGGAAAGUUGAAGGUCCCAAGCUUGAAAUGGAGGGAGAUACAGCAGGAAAAUUUAAAAUGCCUCAUAUCAAAAUGCCGAAUGUUGACAUAUCUCUCCCUAAAGCAAAGCUUGAAGGUCCUGAGAUGGAGAUAAAAGGGGAAGGAGGAAAAUUCAAGAUGCCAGACAUCAGCAUGCCAUCAGUUGACAUAUCACUGCCAAAAUGGAAAGUUGAAGCUCCGAAGCUUGAAAUGGAGGGAGAUACAGGAGGAAAAUUGAAAAUGCCUCAUAUCAAAAUGCCAAAUGUUGACAUAUCUCUCCCUAAAGCAAAGCUUGAAGGUCCUGAGAUGGAGAUAAAAGGGGAAGGAGGAAAAUUCAAGAUGCCAGACAUCAGCAUGCCGUCAGUUGACAUAUCACUGCCAAAAGGGAAAGUUGAAGGUCCCAAGCUUGAAAUGGAGGGAGAUACAGCAGGAAAAUUUAAAAUGCCUCAUAUCAAAAUGCCGAAUGUUGACAUAUCUCUGCCUAAAGGAAAGCUUGAAGGUCCUGACAUGGAUAUAAAAGGGGAAGGAGGAAAAUUCAAGAUGCCAGAUGUCAGCAUGCCAUCAGUUGACAUAUCACUGCCCAAAGGGAAAGUUGAAGGUCCCAAGCUUGCAAUGGAGGGAGAUACAGGAGGAAAAUUGAAAAUGCCUCAUAUCAAAAUGCCGAAUGUUGACAUAUCUCUCCCUAAAGGAAAACUUGACUGGCCCAAAAUUGAAAUGGAGGGAGACACAGAAGGAAAACUGAAAAUGCCUCAUAUCAAAAUUCCUGAUGUUGACAUCUCUCUACCUAAAGGAAAGCUUGAAGGUCCUGGGAUGGAGAUAAAAGGGGAAGGAGGGAAAUUCAAGAUGCCACAUCUCAGCAUGCCAUCAGUUGACAUAUCACUGCCAAAAGGAAAAGUUGAAGGUCCCAAAAUUGAAAUGGAGGGAGAUACAGGAGGAAAAUUUAAAAUGCCUCAUAUAAAAAUGCCAAAUGUUGACAUAUCUCUCCCUAAAGGAAAGCUUGAAGGUCCUGAGAUGGAGAUAAAAGGGGAAGGAGGAAAAUUCAAGAUGCCAGACAUCAGCAUGCCGUCAGUUGACAUAUCACUGCCAAAAGGGAAAGUUGAAGGUCCCAAGCUUGAAAUGGAGGGAGAUACAGCAGGAAAAUUUAAAAUGCCUCAUAUCAAAAUGCCGAAUGUUGACAUAUCUCUCCCUAAAGCAAAGCUUGAAGGUCCUGAGAUGGAGAUAAAAGGGGAAGGAGGAAAAUUCAAGAUGCCAGACAUCAGCAUGCCAUCAGUUGACAUAUCACUGCCAAAAUGGAAAGUUGAAGCUCCGAAGCUUGAAAUGGAGGGAGAUACAGGAGGAAAAUUGAAAAUGCCUCAUAUCAAAAUGCCAAAUGUUGACAUAUCAGGUCCUGAGAUGGAGAUAAAAGGGGAGCAAGGGAAAUUCAAGAUGCCACAUAUCAGCAUUCCAACAGCUGACAUAUCACUGCCCAAAGUAAAAGUUGAAGGUCCCAAAAUUGAAAUGGAGGGAGAUACAGGAGGAAAAUUCAAUAUGCCUCAUAUCAAAAUGCCGAAAGUUGACAUAUCUCUCCCUAAAGCAAAGCUUGAAGGUCCUGAGAUGGAGAUAAAAGGGGAUGGAGGAAAAUUCAAGAUGCCAGACAUCAGCAUGCCGUCAGUUGACAUAUCACUGCCAAAAGGGAAAGUUGAAGGUCCCAAGCUUGAAAUGGAGGGAGAUACAGGAGGAAAAUUUAAAAUGCCUCAUAUCAAAAUGCCGAAUGUUGACAUAUCUCUGCCUAAAGGAAAGCUUGAAGGUCCUGACAUAGAUAUAAAAGGGGAAGGAGGAAAAUUCAAGAUGCCAGACAUCAGCAUGCCAUCAGUUGACAUAUCACUGCCCAAAGGGAAAGUUGAAGGUCCCAAGCUUGCAAUGGAGGGAGAUACAGGAGGAAAAUUGAAAAUGCCUCAUAUCAAAAUGCCGAAUGUUGACAUAUCUCUCCCUAAAGGAAAACUUGACUGGCCCAAAAUUGAAAUGGAGGGAGACACAGAAGGAAAACUGAAAAUGCCUCAUAUCAAAAUUCCUGAUGUUGACAUCUCUCUACCUAAAGGAAAGCUUGAAGGUCCUGGGAUGGAGAUAAAAGGGGAAGGAGGGAAAUUCAAGAUGCCACAUCUCAGCAUGCCAUCAGUUGACAUAUCACUGCCAAAAGGAAAAGUUGAAGGUCCCAAGCUUGAAUUGGAGGGAGAUACAGGAGGACAAUUUAAAAUGGCUCAUAUAAAAAUGCCAAAUGUUGACAUAUCUCUCCCUAAAGGAAAGAUUGAAGGUCCUGAGAUUGAGAUAAAAGGUGAAGGAGGGAAAUUCAAGAUGCCCCAUCUCAGCAAGCCAACAGCUGACAUAUCACUGCCCAAAGGAAAAGUUGAAGGUCCCAAAAUUGAAAAGGAGGGAGAUACAGGAGGAAAAUUGCAUAUGCCUCAUAUCAAAAUGCCGAAAGUUGACAUAUCUCUCCCUAAAGGAAAGCUUGAAGGUCCUAAGAUGGAGAUAAAAGGGGAAGGAGGAAAAUUCAAGCUGCCAGACAUCAGCAUGCCAUCAGUUGACAUAUCACUGCCAAAAGGACAAGUUGAAGGUCCCAAGCUUGAAUUGGAGGGAGAUACAGGAGGAAAAUUGAAAAUGCCUCAUAUCAGAAUGCCGAAUGUUGACAUAUCUCUGCCUAAAGGAAAGCUUGAAGGUCCUGACAUGGAUAUAAAAGGGGAAGGAGGAAAAUUCAAGAUGCCAGAUGUCAGCAUGCCAUCAGUUGACAUAUCACUGCCCAAAGGGAAAGUUGAAGCUCCCAAGCUUGAAAUGGAGGGAGAUACAGGAGGAAAAUUGAAAAUGCCUCAUAUCAAAAUGCCGAAUGUUGACAUAUCUCUCCCUAAAGGAAUGUUUGAAGGUCCUGAGAUGGAGAUAAAAGGGGAGCAAGGGAAAUUCAAGAUGCCACAUAUCAGCAUUCCAACAGCUGACAUAUCACUGCCCAAAGGAAAAGUUGAAGGUCCCAAAAUUGAAAUGGAAGGAGAUACAGGAGGACAAUUUAAAAUGGCUCAUAUAAAAAUGCCAAAUGUUGACAUAUCUCUCCCUAAAGGAAAGCUUGAAGGUCCUGAGAUUGAGAUAAAAGGGGAAGGAGCGAAAUUCAAGAUGCCACAUCUCAGCAUGCCAUCAGCUGACAUAUCCCUGCCCAAAGGAAAACUUGAAGGUCCCAAAGUUGAAAUGGAGGGAGAUACAGGAGGAAAAUUGAAUAUGCCUCAUAUCAAAAUGCCGAAAGUUGACAUAUCUCUCCCUAAAGGAAAGCUUGAAGGUCCUGAGGUGGCUAUAAAAGGGGAAGCAGGAAAAUUCAAGAUGCCAGACCUCAGCAUGCCAUCAGUUGACAUAUCACUGCCCAAAGGGAAAGCUAGAAGUCCCAAGCUUGAAAUGGAGGGAGAUACAGGAGGAGAAUUGAAUAUGCCUCAUAUCAAAAUGCCAAAUGUUGACAUAUCUCUCCCAAAAGGAACGCUUGAAGGUCCUGAGUUGGAGAUAAAAGGAGAGGGAGGGAAAUUCAAGAUGCCACACAUCAGCAUGCCAACAGUUGACAUAUCGCUGCCCAAAGGAAACAUUGAAGGAAAGCUUGACCGUCCCAAAAUUGAAAUGGAAGGAGACACAGGAGGAAAACUGAAAAUGCCUCAUAUGAAAAUUCCUGAAGUUGACAUCUCUCUCCCUAAAGGAAACUUUGAAGGUCCUGACAUGGAGAUAAAAGGGGACGGAGGAAAGUUCAAGAUGCCAGACAUCACCAUGCCAUCAGUUGACAUAUCACUCCCCAAAGGGAAAGUUGAAAGUCCCAAGCUUGAAAUGGAGGGAGAAACAGGAGGAAAAUUGAAUAUGCCUCGUAUCAAAAUGCCGAAAGUUGACAUAUCACUGCCCAAAGGAAAAGUUGAAGGUCCCAAGCUUAAAAUGGAGGGAGAUACAGGAGGAAAACUUAAAAUGCCUCAUAUCAAAAUGCCGAAUGUUGACAUAUCUCUCGCUAAAGGAAAGCUUGAAGGUCCUGAGGUGGAGAUAAAAGGGGAGCAAGGGAAAUUCAAGAUGCCACAUAUCAGCAUGCCAACAGGUGACAUAUCACUGCCCAAAGGAAAGGCUGAAGGUCCCAAAAUUGAAAUGGAAGGAGAUACAGGAGGAAAAUUGAAUAUGCCUCAUAUCAAAAUGCCAAAUGUUGACAUAUCUCUCCCAAAAGGAAAGCUUGAAGGUCCUGACAUGGAGAUAAAAGGGGAAGGAGGAAAAUUCAAGAUGCCAGACAUGAGCAUGCCGUCAGUUGACAUAUCACUCCCAAAAGGGAAAGUUGAAGGUCCCAAGCUUGAAAUGGAGGGAGAUACAGGAGGAAAAUUUGAAAUGCCUCAUAUCAAAAUGCCGAAUGUUGACAUAUCUCUCCCAAAAGGACCGCUUGACCAGCCCAAAAUUGAAAUGGAGGGAGACACAGGAGGACAACUGAAAAUGCCUCAUAUGAAAAUUCCUGAUGUUGACAUCUCUCUCCCUAAAGCAAAGCUUGAAGGUCCUGACAUGGAGAUGAAAGGGGAAGGAGGAAAAUUCAUUAUGCCAGACAUCAGCCUGCCGUCAGUUGACAUAUCACUACCUAAAGGGAAAGUUGAAGGUCCCAAGCUUGAAAUGGAGGGUGAUACAGGAGGAAAAUUUAAAAUGCCUCAUAUCAAAAUGUCAAAUGUUGAUAUUUCUCUCCCUAAAGGAAAGCUUGAAAGUCCUGAGAUGGAGAUAAAAGGGGAACAAGGGAAAUUCAAGAUGCCACACAUCAGCAUGCCAACAGCUGACAUAUCACUGCCCAAAGGCAAGGUUGGAGUCCCCAAAAUUGAAAUCGAGGGAGAUACAGGAGGAAAACUGAAAAUGCCUCAUAUCAAAAUGCCGAAUGUUGAUAUAUCUCUCCCUAAAGGAAUGCCUGAAGGUCCUGAGAUGGAGAUAAAAGGGGAACAAGGGAAAUUCAAGAUGCCACACAUCAGCAUGCCAACAGCUGACCUAUCACUGCCCAAAAGAAAGGUUGAAGGUCCCAAAAUUGAAAUGGAGGGAGACACAGGAGGAAAACUGAAAAUGCCUCAUAUGAAAAUUCCUGAUAUUGACAUAUCUCUACCUAAAGGAAAGCUUGAAGGUGCUGAGUUAGAGUUAAAACAGGAAGGAGGGAAGUUCAGGAUGCCACACAUCAGCAUGCCAACAGCUGACAUAUCCCUGCCCAAAGGGAAAGUUGAAGGUCCCAAGCUUGAAGUGGAGGGAGAAACAGGAGGAACAUUGAAAAUGCCUCAGAUCAAAAUGCCUGAUGUUGACAUAUCUCUAGCAAUAGGGAAGCUUGAAGGUCCUGAGAAGGCUUUGAAAGGAGGAGGAGGAAAAUUCAAAUUGCCAAAGAUCAGUAUGCCAACAGUUCACAUGUCACUGCCAAAAGGACAGGUUGAAGGUCCCAAAAUUGAAAUGGAGGGAGAUACAAGAGGAAAACUGAAAAUACCUGAACUAGGAACACCUGAUUUUGACUUAUCUGUACCUAAAGGAAAGCUUGAAGGUCCUGAGAUGGAAAUAAAAGGCAAAGUGAGCAGAUUCAAGAUGCCACAUAUUAGCAUGCCUACAUUUGACAUAUUACUGCCCAAAGGAAAGGUUGAAAUUCCUAAAUUAGAGAUGGAGGGAGAUACAGGAGGAACAUUGAAAAUGCCUGAUGUUGACAUUCCUCAACCUGAAAGAAAGCUUGAAAGCCAUGAGUUAGAAAUAAAAGGAAAAGUGGGAAAAUUCAAGAUGCCACAGUUCAGCAUGCCUUCCAUUGAUAUAUCACUGCCUAAAGGUAAGACUGAUGGUCCCAAAUUUGAGAUGGAAGGAAAUAAAGGAGAAAAAUUUCAAACUCCUAGCUUGAAAAUGUCCGAUGUUAGUCAGUGUUGUCAGAAGGAAGACUUUGAUCUCAAUGUCAGUGUUCAACGGGAAGUCGGAAAUAAUGACAGGAUGAAAAUUGAACUUCCUGAUAUAGACCUCAGUACAACAGGAAACAAAAGCAACAUCAAGGAGUCAAAGAUGAAAGAUGCAAAGUUUAAAAGUGUGAUGCCAAAAAUUAAACGAAAUGGCGAGUCAACAGAAGACAUCACAAAAGAGGACCUUUGUAAUUUAAAGGGAGAUGUCAAGUGUAAAAAAGGCAUCUUAGGUAAAGAAAAGAUUCAGAUUUCAGAAAUCAGCAAUACAUCGAGUAUUUCUUUUGCUGAUCCUGUGUAUUGUGGUCCAUUGAACUCCCAGGAAAUGACGCAUGAUGCACAGGGAAAGGAAGAUGGUAAUAUUAAACUUGUCGAACCAGAAGUUACAAGCAUUAGUUUGAAAACCACACAAACCUCUGUUUCCUUUGGAAGAGAAGGAGAAACCAGGCCUUCAUCAUCCACUCCAGAAGGGAAACUGCCAAGGAUACCAGAUACAGCAUUUGAAGUGGGAGCCUCACAGGAAGCAAAUGGCAACAAGACAGAAAAUGAAAAGAAAAUCAAAAUUCCUAAAUUUGGUGUACCAUUACCCUGCAUGUCAUUUCCUGAAAGAAGACUGAAUCUAUAUGGGGAAGAAACUCUGUGUGAUGGCAACAAAAUGCCCAAAGUAAAGCAAGCUAUGUUUGUCCUGGCAAGUCCUCAGGAUACCCAAGUUACUUUCAAAACAGAGGAAGAAGGGGCAGAAGAGGAAAAGGUAAAGGGUGUAAAGUUGAAAACACCCAAAGUCUCACUCUGUCCUUCUGAACCAAUAACAUCCAAUGUUGCUCUUCAGAGUGGAGGCACAAGUUCAUGUCUCAGUGAAGAAAAGGACACAAGAAUUUACAGCUGCUCCAAAGAUGAUCAAGGGAGAGUACAUGGUAAAUUUAAAGCGCCAUAUGAAGAGUUGGACUCUUCAUAUGGCAAAAUGAUUUGUGGGGAGCAGGACACAGAAAUUGGCAUCAAAUGUGAAGAUUUAUAUGCGGGAGAAGCAGAAGCACACACCAAAGGGCUAGAAGUCAAAUCAGCCAAAAAGUCCAUCUCAGGGUUCAGUAAGAAGAAAGGAACUGGUGAAGAACAGUACAAGGAAGGUGGAAUGACACUGGCUGAGCAUGUGGUUUCAUCUCAUGCCAGGACAGAUAUGCUGGACAGGGACAGCUCAGAAUCCCCCACUGAGUUUCAAUCACAAAAAGUCCAGGCUUGGAGUGAAGUGGAUCGGGAACAGACAGAGGCUGCUGGAAGAGAGUCUUCUCCCUGGUUUAAGAUGCCUAAGUUCACUCUGAAGCCACAUUCUACAGGCUUCCUCCAGAUAACUCCGGAGGGUUCUCCUCAGGCCCAGCGCCGCGGCGAGAUGGCAGGCGACAGCGCCGUCUCCGGCUCCUUCUGCCUGCACAGCCCAGGGCUCGACGUCACCUCACAGGAAGCGUUUGAAGCACACAGUGUCUCCUCCGCCGAGGAAGGGCCUGUCACCAAGGUUACCACCACAACCAAAGCGACGCGUCAGGUGGUUACGACUGAGAGACGAUCAGAGGAGCGCCAGACGAGCCCUCGGCAGCCUUCAGACUGCUGAGAGAUUUUUCUUUGGUGUGUUUGCGGUGUGAAGUGAAGCCUGCACUGUGGCACAGCUUUGUGAAGCUUCUUUUUGUGCUUCACUUUAUAUUUAUGCAGGAAUGUGAUGAACAGAGUAAUAUAUAGAGUUACUUUUUAGUUGUUUUAAAUGUGACUAUUUUUGUUCCUGGUUUUUUCUGAGUUUUGAUUUUGAGCUUUUAUUCUGAAUGUAAAGGUGUCAGCUGGCACAUUAGUUCUUCAUGUGUUCAUAAUGUGCUGCAGUCAUUCAUUUUCAUAUUUAGUGUGUUUUUGGGUCUGAGUGUAGCCUCACAGUUACUCAUUUUCCACCAGCACAGAAUACUUUGUAAAUACGAUGUUUUUUGUUUUUGGUUGGUAAUUUUUUUCACGUUCAUGAAGAUGGCGGCGUAGACGCGUUCGUUGGGCUCUCGUAGUUUGUCUGGCAGGAGUGCGUGAGCUGUUUUGGAUUUGAAGGCGUUGCUGUGAAUCUGCACGAACCUCUCAACACUUUUAGCUGCUCGCAGACAUUUUGGCCGCCUUGCUGCUGAAUACUGACUUUCAUGUUCUUACAAACAACCCAUUUUCUCAAUCGACCCGUAAAUGUUGUCACAUCAUGAUCAUUUUUUUACCAUUUUAUAAACAUUGUGCCGUAACGACCUCCAACGCAGCAAUAAUGGCUGAUACAAAAGAAGGCAAAGUCACAUUCUGCCUGAGUUCAAAGGUUGUUACAGUUUCCUCUUUAAGUGUGAACGUGUGAACUCUGUGAGAUGAGCAGAGGCAGCUUCACGGACUCAGAGGGAGAUGAAAACUGCUUUAGUUUGUUGCUCUUGAAGCGUUCAUGCAUCACAAAGAUAUGAGCGAUGGCAGUAAAUAAGGCACUCAGCGUGCAGACUGUCAGCUGACUGUUGGAGAAAACAGUGUGUAACGUUCUCCUUGGACCGAACCCAGACCAGCAGAGGACCAUGGUUAAUGUUGGGUUGUGCCUACAUGCUUUGGGUGAUCUGACCAGUCCUGACAGCAGCAUGAGGUCGACAAACAUCAAGAAAAUGUGUGGACAAAAAAAAAGAUGAUUGCAAUACAUUUGUGGAGGUAUUUUAAGGCGUAAAUAACCAUGAAUGUUGUAAAAUUCAAAAAGUACAGAUUUUUCGUGUCAGGGCCCUGUCAUAUCUUGAAGAUUUAUCAGUGUAUGCUGACCGUAUUAAAACUUCUGGCAUACAUCUAAUAAAUUAUGCAUUUAAUAAAGAUGCCUAACAAACAAGCCUAAGAUUUCAUUACUGGAAUAACUAAAAAAAUGGAUUGCAGAUGAAAAGGCAUAAUAGUUUUUAAAAAAUUCAAUAACCAAAAUUACACUUAAAAAGUUCAAGAACUGUCCAAAAUGUGCUUCCAAGAAUUUUUGUCUAAAUGAGCUUCAGUUCGACUUGAUGUUGGUUUUGGAUGGUACAGUAUGUUACAUAUUCAUUGAUGUCUCAGGUGGUCUGACCAAAGAUCUUUGAUGUUUUGGAUGGUCUGGUCUAUUCAAAAAGCAAGUCAGUUUGGUCUUCUGGGGUUUGAGUAUUUGAAGAUCAGCAGGAAAAAAAUGUCGAGAGUUAAUUUCCAGUGUUAGGCAUCUGCCAGUUUUCGUUGAAAUCAUUAAGUCAUUCAUGUUCCACCUCACGCCCAGGUCAUGGUCGUGGUGGCAGCAAGCAAAGCAGCACAGUGACCUCAGUUGUGCACUGGGCAGAUUUUUAGGCUGAGUGUGAAGGCACUGGGAUGAGGUUCAACGCCUCCAAAUCUGAGACCAUUGUCCCCUGUCAGAAAAGAGACAACCCAGGACACGUUGGAGGCAUUACAUCUCCACAGAUGGUUUGAGAACACCUCAGGAUCCCCCGGGAAGAGUUAGAGGACUUGGUCAAGGAUAGGCAAGUGUGGGUUGAGCUGCUUGGUCACUUAAAUCAGUCAUUAAGAAUUGUAAGAACUUGAAUUCUUUUUGUUCAUCUAGUAUCAUGAAACUGAUUCGAGCAGCAACAGACAAAUGUCACAGUCUCCUGUCACAGCCACUGAAGCCUGCGACUCUGAAGGAGUCACAGGCUUCAUGGUGUCAGGCAAUCAUGGUGUCUUCCCUCACUUGCACACUCUUUACAUUUCAUAAUGUGUAGUUUAACAGAAUUCUGAGAAACACUUGAAAUUAACUCUGCAUCACCUGCUGAAUUCUGAGUGAGCGAACAGCACACAGCUGGUCAUGAAACGGCAGCACACUGUCCAGUUACUUUUGGUCUCUAACAAAUGAGAGAUGACACACAAAAAACAGUGCUGUGAUUGCUUCACCAAACACUGACCUGAAAUUUAAUUACCUUCACAAGCAGCAGUGGCCUCUAGUGGACACCAGGACCCUUCAUUUGGCAACAAGCUGUUUAUCUGUAAAUGGAAUAUUACACGCUGCACUGCAACGUCACUGUUUUAGCUCUAAUAGUCUUUUAUGUUUCUGAAACACUCAGUCAAAAGUAAUUUCAAUGAACAGAGAACUUCUUGUGUACCUCAUGAAUGCACGGUUACGUGGACAAUCAGCGGCACCCCGCUGAGUCAAACCCACUUUAUCAGGCAGUUCAGCAAACUCACAAAUAUUCUGAUCAUCUGACAUCACAAAGGUUUCAAAAAAGCUUUGAUUUUCAUUUGACUGUGACUUUAAGAAAAGUGUCUCGAGCUUUUGUUUUUGAGAAGUUUGUCAAACAAAUGAAAUAACUUUUUAAUUUUUGUUUGUUAUAAUUGGUCAUGCUGAGAUGUUUUUGUUUCUUUCCUGAAUGGAAAAAAGUUAAAUUUGAUUUUAAAAAAAAACAUGCCAUGAAAUUCGAAGAUUCUGUUAUUGACGAGAUAAAAACCUCUAUUUACAGCUUCCUUUGCAACAGUUUACUUUUCAGAAAUAUGAAAUAUUAUUUAAAGUGGCUUUAAAAUGGAUAAAAUUAAAAAUUUUCUUUUUGGCUGCAUUUUGAAAAUCGUAAAGUCCAAAAAGGCAUUUAUUAACGUUUGUCACUUUCUCUGAAAGUAAAAAAGUAGAAUAAAAAGUAGAAAAAAAAUGUUUCGACUAGAGUGGUGAGAAUGUGCAACGCACACUUUAGCGUUUGUGUAUAGAAACUUUUUUUUUUUAUCAUUUCAGGUUGCCUCAGUUUUUUUUUUUUUCUUUUAACAUGAAAGAGUUUAAGUGCAAAAUGUUUCGUCACAGGUGCACUGACAGAAUGUUGGUUAAGAUAUUAUAUU